AGCACCCAGUUGUUCUUUUAUUUUUAUCUCACAAAUUUUUAAUAAAGAAAUCAAUUAUUGAAGUACUUUCGAAAUUUAAGUGGAAUUUCAUUUAAAAAAAAUUGCUAACUUUACUUAAUCAAUUAAGGUUGUGUUGUUGAAGGUACCUAAAUUAAUACAACCACAGCUAAGGAAGGAGUAUUAGCGAGAGUUUUAGGUACCUAUACAGUAUACAAUAUAAGCUCGAUAAUGCAGAUAUUAUAUUAUAUUGGAUUAGUUAUAUUUAUGCUGUCCCAAAACGCAUUUGGAACCUUCCAAGUAACAAAAACUGAUGAAAAACUUAAGAAAGAUAAGGCUGAUAAAUUGAAACUUCCACCUUGUAGAGCUUGCAAAAUAUUUGUUGAUUCCUUCCAGAAGGGAUUUGAUAGAACAUCCAAAUUCAAAUAUGAAGGAGGAGACACAGCAUGGGAAGAGAAAAAUUUGGGAAGUUAUGCAAACAGUGAAGUAAGAUUUGUGGAAAUUCAUGAGAAAUUGUGCUCAGAGCUUAAUGAAGGAAAGGAUCAAUGUUACCAGCUGCUUGAGGAAUAUGAUGAGGCUCUUGAAACAUGGUGGUUUAAAAAGCAAAAAGAUGAGCCAGAUCUUCAUAAAUACCUAUGUAUUAACAAAUUUGAAAUUUGUUGCCCUGAGUUUCACUUUGGCAAAAAUUGUACUCCAUGUGAAGGAUAUCCAGAUAAUAUUUGCUAUAACAAUGGAAAAUGCAAAGGAUCUGGUACACGUAAAGGAAAUGGAAAGUGCCUUUGUGAUGCUGGUUAUUCAGGCGAUUUCUGUGAUAGUUGUACUGAUGGAUACUACGAGUCUUACAGAGAUGAGAAGAAAAUUCUCUGCUCCAAAUGUCAUAAGUCUUGUGUUGGAAAAUGUUCCAAAGAAGGUCCUGCAGGUUGUGAAAUUUGCAAAGAAGGUUAUUUGCAGAAGCAAGAUAGAGGCUGUUAUGAUAUAAAUGAAUGUUUGAUGGGGAAAUCUCCUUGUACAAAUAAACAAUUUUGUAUCAACACUGAAGGAGGUUAUGAAUGUUUGGAGUGUCAUGAAUCAUGUCUUGGAUGUACCGGUGAUGGACCAGAUGAAUGUAUAAGUUGUGUUGCUGGAUACAGGAGGAAGGAUAAUAUGUGCAUAAAUACAAAGCAGGAAGCGAGAACUAGUUAUGCUUCUUUGACAAGAUACCUAACCUAUUUUGGUCUUUGUUUAUGUACAUGCAUAAUUCUACAAAAAAAUUUGACGAUUGCGGCAGUUGUGGGGUUGUGUGUCGGAGUUUACAUAAUGCUUUCAGAAUACAUAGCAAAUACUACUGACUCCUCUCAAGACGAUUUCAAAGAACAGCUAGCAGACCAGUUACGAAAAGCGCUUCAGGACCAGUGAUUAAGUUUGAAUAAAUCUAAAAUUAAGUAAUGCAAAGGUAUGCUUCCAUAAAUAGUCGAUAUGGUAGAAAAUGAUAAGCAAUUUGUACAAAAAGUAGAGGUGUAUAAAGUCUUCUUUAUAUUUUACAGUGACAUACCAAAUUCCUAACAUUUAAAGUAACAUUGCGUAAAAGUCAUGCAACAGUCCCCUGUGAAUAUGUUAAAAUAUCAAUUUUCAAUAGAAUAAUCAUUCCUAUAGAUGCAUUUUUAUAAAUAAUAUUUUAUUAUAUAGUUGAUAUAUGAAAUAUGUGCCUCAUAUUGGUAGCGUAUAGCAAAUUUUAAGAGCAGUCCUUUGCAAUUGACUUACCUCAUACUUUAGAUGUAGAAUAAUGUUAAAUUGUGCCAUUGUGUUGAUAUUUUUUUUUAGGUUUCCAUAACGAUGUGAUAUUUUUGUUAAUUUUUUUUGAAUACAUUAUUUAGUUCUCAUUAGUGUAUCAAUAUAUCGAUCAUUCCAAUAUAGAUGUACAAUGGAAGACCAGCUUCAUUGUGACAGAUUUCUAGUAUAGGUCUUAAAAUUGAAUGAUGAAAUCCCAAUUUUUUUUCAACAACAUAUGAGAACAUGUUCUGAAACUUAUUUCAAACAAUGAUCUUUAUUCUCUCCCAUGUAUGUCCUCUAGAAUAGAUAGACUGAGAGAUAACUUAUUGAUGUCAAUAUUGUAUUAUACAGUUUACACAAGUUCUAAGAAAUAGGGUAAAAAGUUUAAAUAUAUAUUUUUUUAUUAUAAAAUAAAAUUUAAGAGGGUGAGAUCGAAACUUGCAUAUUGAAACUAUAAAAUAACAAGAUUUAGCAGUGUAAAUUUGUGUUCAUACACUUUGCCAUGUGGUCAAAACGAAAAACUCGCGAAAAAUCAGUUUUACCUGGCGGGUUGACCCGCCGAAUAUGGAAGGAUAGGUAACUUACAGUGCUUGUUAAAAUUUAGAGACAUGUAAUUUAUAUUUCAAUGGGCUCUGUACGCUCCAGGAGACUCUGGUUCUCUGGAUGGUAUUUUCUGCUUGAUCCUGAUGGUUUAGGA